AUGUUGCAAAACAUGUUCAAAAACAACGGUUUCCAAAGUAAAAACGACUUCUUCUUUUUCAAUAGGUGGAUUUUAAAAAUUGCCGGGUUAUGGUUACCCGACAGUAAAAACUGGUAUGUUCAGUUUGUUUACAAGUUAUAUGCCUUUACUGAACUCAUAUCAGUAUACUGCAUCUUCGUGAUAAGUGAGUUUAUAAGUUUGUUUUAUAACCACAGCCACGACUUGAACGGUUUCAUGAAAAACUUGAGUUUUGGUUUGACUGAUUUGUUGGCCUCAGGAAAAGUUGUGUUUUGGUAUGUCAACAGAGAUAAACUGAGAGGGAUUAUAAGAAGACUUGAGGAAGAUCAGUUAAAGUACGAGAGAUGUGAAGAUUUCAACCCGGAGGAUAUGUUUUACCGCUACAAAAUUUUCGGUGUUAAAACAGUGGGAACCUACUUGGGCUUUAGCUACUUGGUGAUCCUUCUUUCGUUUGCACCUCCUAUCUUAUCGACUCUAAAAGUCCUCAUCACCAAUGAGAAAUUUGAACCUGAUCCACUCCCGUAUAAUCCAGAAUUCCCCUUCAAUUAUGACACCCCCAAAAUGUAUUUGGUAGCUCUACUAUUUCAGGGUACCACCAUGUUCUCAAGAGUUCAAAAUAUCAUAGGGCUGGAUUCGUUAAUAAUCAACCUCAUGAAUUUCAUGGCCUAUCACUUCACUUUGCUUCAACAAGCCUUUUUGAAAAUUACUCAAAGAAAGUUGCAGAGGCAAACCUCUCUUUAG